AUGCAAUAGUAAUUUUUGAUAAAUCCAUUGAACUUGAUCCGAAACAUGUAAAAGCCUAUAAUAAUAAAGGUUUAUCUCCAUAAUUAAAUUUUAGGUGUUAGUUUAUAUGAUUUAAAAUAAUAUGAACAAGCAAUAAUCUGCUAUGAUAAAGUCGUUUCGCUUGAUCCAAAUUAUGUUAAUGCCUAUUUUAAUAAAGGUUUUGUUUUUUUUUAUUUUAGCAAUUUCCUUAUAAUUUUUGAAUCAAAUCAUGUAAGCUAUACAAAAUUACUAAAUUGCAUUAAAUAUGAACCAUCCAUCUUCUCAUUAAAUUUAAUAAAUUAUCAAUUAACUUAGAACACCAUUAUAAUCAUGA